AUGGACAAGGAGAUUGUGCAGGCAGAAUUUGAACUAACAAAUGAUCAAUUGGAGCGCUGCAUACCAGUGAGUGAUGCCAAGAGGGAUACGUGUCAAGCAGCGUUGGCGAAUCUUGCAGAAGAGUUUAGUAACAGUAAAGCAGAUAAAACCGAUUAUCCCCUCAACGACAAGCAUAUGGCAGCCAUCAGGAAAAUAAAGAAUGACAAAGAUAUAAUAAUCAGCAGGCCGGACAAAGGGAAUGGAGUGGUGAUAAUGCAGCGAAGUGAUUACAUUGACAAGAUGAAUGCUAUUCUGGCGGAUGCAUCGAAGUUGCAACUCCUGGGACCGACGGAAACGCAUGACCGCACUUACCUGGAUGAACGCGCCUUGCAGGCAUACCUAUUGCGAUGCAAAAAGGCUGGAAAAAUACUCAAUAUAGAUUACGACCGGAUCCGACCCGUUGGCUCGUGCCGCCCUGUGCUCUAUGGCGUACCGAAAAUACAUAAGAAAGACGUGCCACUUCGACCAAUCCUGUCCAUGAUCAAUGCUCCCCAACACGAAAUGGCCAAGUGGUAA